AUGAUUUACAAUUUCAAUAUAAAAAUGUUAUAUCUCUUUCUCAUUCUACUUUUAUUGAUUUUCACAUCACCAGGUUUAGGUCAUCGUUGUUAUGUGUGUAGUAAGUGUCAAGACCCUUUCAGAUAUCAGGAUACUGAGAAACAAACUGGUUGUACCUUCUGUUCAACAAUAAGAACAUAUGUACAAGAUAAACUACAAGUGACCAGUCGUAGUUGUGUUCCGGUUUGCGUUGAAGCUGAUGCCAGGAGAUCCGGGUCAGGAAUUGUUACAUCGUGUUGUCAAGACGAUUUAUGCAAUUCUAGUAGAAAAACACAAAUAUCCAUGACUGUAAUCUUAUCUUCAUUACUUUUCAUACUACCAUUGUUAUCAACUUACUUUUAA